UCUUAGGUGGUCCAAAAGUGAAGAAGGGAAAUAAAUACAGAAUUGUAAAUCAGAGUUUAAACGCGCACUAAUGUUACUCCUUUUAUGUCUGCAAUAUCUAAACCCACUUUACAGUCUUCUAGUUAUGGCGACCUGUAUUUUAUGAACACAGUUUGUUAAAAGUAAACUACAACGUGCAACUUUACGUGCAUCACAAAACCGUUUGAAAGUAUGCUUUCGGUGAUACAUAUGUUUUUAAACUUUCUGAAAUGCAAUUAAGUUUUUUGCAAUAAAGUCUUGUGUAGUGUCCAGACAGAUACUCCGGCGUGAGACAGACCACACAGAGGCUCACACAGACCGAGAGAGAGCCGCCAUUGCGCUGCUAGACUCUCAACAGCGCUAAACUGUGAAUAAAAUCACGAUACAGACUUCUUUAAGCUUUAAACUAGCAUCUAGAGCAGCGAGUUUGGGGAUUAAUACAUACAUCUGAGGAUCGUCAUAUCAAAUUAAACAACAUUUCAAGUUCUGAAGGAGUUGCAUGCAGUUCACUUUAAUUUAAUCACAUCUUUGUGAGCAAUGGAUCUCCAGCCUCUGCAAACAUAUCCUUGGUCUGUAUUUGGAUGACAUAGUGUGUUUACCAUGAACACCAGCAGCAAUGAAAGCUUACUGGGGAACGCCACAGACUUGAGACACAGCAGCGCCUGGGUCGUGGAGUCUGUCGUCAUAUUAGCCAUUGCCUUGUUUGUCUGUCUGGGCAAUCUGCUCGUUGUGCUGACCCUUUAUCGGAAGCCCUACCUCUUAACGCCAAGCAAUAAGUUUGUCUUCAGCCUGACGCUUUCAAACCUCUUGUUGUCGGUCCUGGUGCUGCCGUUUGUCAUUGCCAGCUCUCUUAAUGGAGAAUGGCUGUUUGGUGUUGUAUGGUGCAACUUCACAGCACUGUUGUAUCUGCUCAUCAGCUCUGCCAGCAUGCUCACGCUGGGAGCCAUUGCCAUCGACAGGUAUUAUGCAGUGCUGUUCCCGAUGGUCUACCCUAUCAAGAUCACGGGGAAUCGUGCAGCGGUGGCCAUAGUCUACCUGUGGUUGCACUCUCUGCUGGGCUGCCUGCCUCCUCUGUUUGGCUGGUCAACAUUUGAGUUUGACCAUCUCAAGAAGACCUGUACUGUGGCCUGGUAUCGUGACGUCAGCUACACUGCAUUCUGGGUUGCAUGGUGCUGCCUGAUUCCACUGUUUGCCAUGCUGGUGUGCUACAGCCUCAUCUUCCGCGUGGCACGACACAAAGCUCGCAAGGUGCACUGUGGCUCAGUUGUGGUAGUCCAGGAGGCCCAGUCCUCCAAUAGGAACAGUCGAAAGAACUCCACCGCCUCGGUUUCUUCUGUCGGGAGCCGGAAAGGUUUUAUCUACGCCGGAAGCCAGUGUAAAGCCCUGGUCACCAUUUUGGCGGUGGUCGGCACCUUCUUGAUGACGUGGGGGCCGUAUGUGGUAGUGAUCUGCACCGAGGCAGUUUGGGGGCGAGGAAGUGUGUCACCGGGACUGGAGACGAUGGUGACCUGGCUGUCGUUCAUCAGUGCUGCCUGCCAUCCUCUCAUAUACGGGCUGUGGAAUAAAACUGUAAGAAAGGAGCUGCUUGGCAUGUGCUGUGCUGACCGCCACUACCGGGAAACAUUCAUUAGUCGCCACAGAAAGUCCCGCCUCUUUAGCAUCUCUAACCGAAUCACAGAUCUUGGGAUGUCUCCGCAUCUGACGGCCAUGUUGGCUGGUGGAGGCCAGGUUUUAGGUGCUUGCAGCAGCACAGGAGACACUGGCUUCAGUUUUUCCCAGGACUCAGGUACAGAUAUCAUGUUGCUGGAUAACUGUUCUGAAGGAGCAGAAAGCUCACACUACAGUGCUUUAGUCGUCAAGCGCAGGAGUUCAGUGAUGUUUGAGGACCAGGUGGAACAGCAGUCUAAAGCAGAUGAGGAUCAGUCUCAAUGCCUGGUGAAGGCGGAGAUACACCAGGUGAUUGACAGCUUUGCAUCCAGUAUGGCCAAAGCCAUCGAGAGCGAUGCCAGACUUGUGCUGUUCGGUGCAGAGUCUCUGACUGACAGCGUUUCAUCGUGUCGACCCGCACAGAGGAGCUCACACUACCCAGAUGGACAGAGGCUCCGUCUGGAGAGCAUUGAUGAGGGAAUUUUUAACGAUGACAAGGUUGAAGAAGACGAGGAUGAAAUCGAGGAAAUAUGUGCAUAAAUAAAUCGACACAUGGCCUGAUAUUUGUUUAAUACAUUCUCAAUGAAGCAUAUAUUCUGACUGUGUAUAUAUCACUACAUAUAUAACACACAUACAGCGAAGAUGCAAUAAUAUGCAUCCAAAACUUCAAGAAAAAGUUCAAAACUAGUAAUUUUUAGCUGUUUGAGGAAAAGAACUCUCUUGCAAAGUAACUAAUUUAAACAAUUUAUGUAUACACCAAACUUGGUCCUGUAAAGCUUAGCUCCAACUUUCCUCAACACAUCUGGCUGGAUGUUUCUAGUAUGCCUAGUAAAACCUUUAUUAGCCAGUUCAGGUAUGUUUAAUUAGGGUUGGAGCUGAACUCUGCAGGACACUGGCUCUCCAGAAGCGGAAUUGGACACCCCUGAUAUAUACCGUAUAAAACAGACUGGGGCUAGUUGUCACGCUUAUUAGUCCAGUGAAUAUUUCUCAGAAUAGGUUUGUUGAAAGAAAAUUUCUGUUUAGGAAUAUACCAUGGUCGAUGCCUAUAGCCUAGUGGUUAGGGCACUGAUAUAUAUAUAUUGUGCAACUGUACCUCCAGCCAACUUGGGUUUGAAUCUUGACACUGGGUCCUUUGCCAAUCUUAUUCCACCAAACACUUUCCUAUCAAUCUUCACUAUCCCGUUAAAAUUGAAAAAUUCUAUAUUUUUUUUAAUGAACAAAGUCUUCAAAACCACCAUGUAAACAAGCAUUUAUGCAACUAGAAGUCUGACACAAAACUUUAUAAUUACUGUAAUACAGUACCUGUGACAACUAGCCCCGGUCUCUUUAACUGUAGUGACUUCACAUUAAUCAAUAUAAAUGAGCUGUGUAAAGGUGUUUAGUGUGUAAUGUGUUUGUACAGAUGGAGGGGACCCAAAGGAAAAAGAAUCUUUUGAAUUGUUGUGUUUAGCACUGUUUACAUAUGUAUGCGUAUUACUUUGUCUAAUUUUCAUGUCAUAAUUACUGUCACAAUGUGGCCUUCAUGUUUGCAUACAACCAUGAAUAAUGUUUAGACCUGCCAAAAAUGAUGAACCACAGUCCAUUAUGAAUGGAAAGCUUUUUGUCAUGUGGUGCUGUUUUCAAGUGCUGAGCUUGUAACAUCGUAAAACACAGUCUUCUACUUAAGAAUAUGCACACAAUCAUGAUACUCACGUUUGAUAUUUCUACAGUGGAAAAAAAUGUUGUAAAAUUAUUAUUUUUCUUUGUAUUGCAUUUCAAGGUGUAAACAUUUUGUAAUUUAAUUUUCUUUAAAAAAAAUCAUUUAAAUUAUUAUUUUACAAAACAUUCACUAUUCUGUCUUUUUUUGUCAUAAUUGUCUUUCUGAAAAAUAAACAGCACUUGUAUUUCUAA